UGCCUUGUUACGCAGUGCAACUUCGGAGCUACAGCAACUUUGAUAACCAACCUCCGAACUUUACAACUCCUAAUUUGAAAUACAUUUUUUCUGAUGAAGGGUCUAGGCCCGAAACGUCAGCCUUCCUGCUCCUAUGAUGCUGCUUGGCCUGCUGUGUUCAUCCAGCUCUACACGUUGUUAUCUCAGAUUUUCCAGCAUCUGCAGUUCCUACUAUCUCUAAUUUGAAAUACGGUUGGUUUUAUCUUACAAUUUCCUGUGUCUCGUCUCAGAUCUGGGGACUUAAAGUAACAAAAUGCAGCGCGAACAAAUCAGAAAACAUCCGAUUAACAGAUGUACAGCAACAGCAACUGUUACGCAUCUCCGUCAGAUAAAUCCCGUGAGUCACUGUUGAAAAGUGCCUGUUUAUUCUCCGUCCUCACUAAUCUCCAGGGAUUUGUUUGCCUCGUUUUUCUGCUCUUUUAUUGAAUGUUUGAUAGGCCAGUACACAGAGAACCACAGAAUAAUACAAGCAAACCAACCACCCAGUCUGUGUCAGCGCUUUGUAAGAGCAUUACAAUUUAUUGACGAAUCAAUGUUGUUGCUUGGGCUCUCCUCUAGGCCCAGUUCUAUGUUGGGUCUCAACUGGAAUAGCGCCUAACCCCCUGGCCAUUGCAUAUUUUUGAUGUAUAGAUGAUACAUCUGCUAUAUUUGAAUCAGCAACUGCAUGCAAGAAUUUCUUUGCGUCUUGAUAGAUUCCACCCUGUACUCAAAUUCACGUUUGAAAUGAAAAAAUCAAAUGAACUCCCUUUCUUGAUGGCCUAUUUGAGAUAUUACUGUCUACCUUCGCUGGUCAUUAAAUAUGUUGGGAUUCCUAUAGUUCCAUAUGCUCUAAGAUUGGCUUUAUCGAAACUUCGCAAACAGGGGCAAAGCCAUUUGCAAACUUGAUGCUGAAAUAGUAUGCAUCAAAACCAUUCUGUGAGACAAUGGAUAUCCCGAUCAGAUUGUUUCCCCUACUCCUCUUUAUGAAUGACCUGGACGUGGAUAUACAGGCAAUAACUUCAAAAUUUAUUGAAAACUCAGAAAUACAAUAGCAUGCAUAAAACAAAGCAAAGAAAGAACUGCGGAUGCCGGAGAUUUGAAACAAAAAUAGAAAUUGUUGGAGAAACUCGGCAGGUCUGGCAGCAUCAAUGGGAAGAAAGCAGAGUUAACGUUUCCAGUCCGGUGACUCUUCAUCAGAUGAUCAGAGAAGUUCUCCCAGCAAUUUCUUGUAUUUUUUUUCGUAAUAGCAUGCAUAAUUGGCCACAGUUUGUAGGUGUCAGCAAAUACUGCCGCAUACAGCGGAAGGGAAGUCGGAUGGACCCGGGAGGGGAGAAAGGGAGAAGAGAUCGGGAUCCGGCAAAAGAACUGGAGGGAAGAAUGCGGUGAACAGUCAGGGGACGAGAGGGGAGGGGUACUCUCCGCUCCCAUUGUCCCAUGCCCCGCCCCACCCGUGAGUCGCCGCCUUCCGGUCUACCCGCUCCCGCCAACCCAUUUGGAGUGCGCUUGCGUAGCAACGUAUUUGUUUGUGACGUCACACCCACAGCGCACGUGCUGACGUCAGAACGGGGAGAAGCAUGAUCCUUCGUGUGGUUCACUGGUGACAGAAAUGCCAACAUGAAAACGACCCAUUUAAUUCUAACUGUCUUUCGCUCAUUAAACAAGUUUUAACCAUGGGAUCCAAGGGAAUCCUUUUUCUUCAUUCACCGGAUGUGGGCUUCCUUGGCUGGGCCAGGAUUUACUGCGCAUCCCUCGUUGCCUUGGAGAAGGUGGCGAUGAGCCUCCGUGAGCCGCUGCAGUCACAUGCUGCAGGUAGCCCUACGAUGCCAUUGGGGAGGGAGUUUCAGGAUUUUAACCCAGAGAAAUUGAAGGAAUGGCGAUACAUUUUCAAGUCAGGAGUUGGAGUGUUUUGGAGGGAAACAUCUAGGUGUUCUCAUGUAUCUGCUGCCCUUGUCCUUCUCGAUGGUGGUGGUUGUGUUCUGUCUGAGGAGCUUUGGUGAAUUUCUGCAGUUCAUCUUGUGGAUGGUACUCACUGUUGCUACUGUGCAUCAGUAAUGCAGGGAGUGAAUGCUGAUGGAUGUGGUGCCAAUCAAACGGCCUUUUUGUUUUGAAUGGCUUCAAGCUUCUUGAGUGCUCUUGGAACUGCAAACAUCCUGGCAAGUGGGGAGUAUUCCAUCACAUUCCUUACUUUUGCCUUGUACAUGGCUGACAUGCCUUGCAGAGACAGUAGAAACUUUAACCGUUCACCAAAUGGCAGGAAGACCAUCUAGUCAUCGGAGAAAGCAGGGAGCUGAUGCAAAACCACGAAUGCCUCAGGAGGGAGCUCUGCUUCCAGCUGCUAAAGCAACCAGUCCAAGGGGUUCAGGAUCUAGAAGCCAAGGAGGUAGAUCAAAGGGUGGGAGUCCCAGCUCAGCCAAGCCGUCAAACACUGGAAGAUCUUUGAACCCAACUGUUAACACCAGAAACAUUGAAACACAGAAAUCCACCAAGCCAACUACCAAAGGAGCAGAAAGCAGUGGUGAUGGUGUCACACGAACCACGGUGGUUACUGGUAAUGCCAACUCUGGAUCCAAGGCAUUGGGUAAAGAGAGACACACCAACAAGCAAGUUGAUAAAAACAGCCAAGCCAGCAUUUCUGCACAACCAGAGAUGAUCAGUAAGCAGAGGGUAGCAGAAAUUGAGAAAGAGACACGGGGUCAAAGGGAAAACCCAGCUUGGUUCGAGCAGCGUAGAAACCGAAUCACUGCCUCAGUAGCACAUAAGAUUUCCCACAGCAAGUUUGUGAACGGUAAAAGUACCGAGGUCCCUCAGUCCUAUCUGAAGUCUGUUGUGGGCCAGGGCUCAAACGUUACGACGCCUGCAAUGAAAUGGGGUGUCCAGAAUGAGUCCAUGGCUAUCAAAAAAUAUGAGAAGCUGAAGUCCGAGGCCAUCGGGCACCAGGUAUGUGUCAGGUCAUGUGGGCUGUUUGUUGACCCAGAAAAGCACUGGUUGGCAGCAAGUCCUGAUGGAGUAGUGGUUGACAAGGCAACAGGGGAUACCAUCGGCCUGGUUGAAAUCAAGUGCCCCUACAAACACAAAAAUCACACCAUCAACAAGGCGUGUGAAGACAAAACAUUCUGCUUGGAACGCAACAAAGGUGAACUUCAACUGAAAAAGAAUCAUCCGUAUUUCACCCAGAUUCAAUGCCAGUUGGCGGUUGCAGGCCUCGAACAGGCUGACCUUGCAGUCUACACCGACCGUGAUGUUGCCAUUGUCCCAGUGAAAUCUGAUAAAAAGUUCUGGAAGAAUACUGAAAAUAAACUGGAAGAUUUCUACACCAGAGCAGUCCUACCAGAAUUACAGAAAAACAAUCCAGUGUUGGCAAAUGAAGAGUAACCACGUGAAAUAUUCAUGGUGUUUCCCUAAAUAAACCUAUACUUAAAAUGUUGCAGCCUCUCUCUUCAAGAAAAUGUCUGAAAUCAAAAGUGCUUAAAAUGAAAAUUCAUGGCGUUGUUAGGUAUAAAACUGUGGCUUUCUGAACUUUAUACCAGGAAGUAGUUGCAAAGCUUUAGUGAUGGAAAACGUGAUUCCACAAUUUCCCCUGUAUUGCAUCCAGAAACUAAUAAAAUGGCUGUUUCACUGUU